GCAGCCAGGUGAAGGAAUACUGGAAAUGAGAUUCUGAAGGAGAAGUAAGAUUUAAGAAAGUGAGUACAAGGCUGGUGUGGAGUGAGUGAAAUCUCUUCAGGCCAAGGUAACUAGUCUGGAAAGGAAUUCUAUGACCAGCCCUUGGGGCCAUGGAGAGGCUGGUCCGCUGAAUUAAAGACAUUUGUAUAUCUUCAUACUAAACACAAGGAACCGCCGCAGGAGUAUAUAUAGAAUCCCUCUGGCAGUAUUAGGGGAAAACUUUGGAAGAGAUCAGGACGGAAGGAAUGGGGGAAGAAAAUCUUCAGAACUCCACGAAGUCGGGGGAGCACUCUCUGGCUGGCCUAUCCGAACCAGCAUCAGAAGAAGCCAGAGAGAAGCAGAAGGCUUCCGGUGAACCAAAGUUGCAAAAAACCUCCGCCAGCGGGACCAAACGGAAAAGAUCCAUGAAAGAAGACAAAGAAAAGAAGGAAGAAGGCAGUGGAAAAGUAAGACUUCGGAAGAAAAUCCCAGUUCCUCCAUUACCUUCGAAAUUGCCGCCCGCCAACAUGCUUCACCGAGACGUCCUGCGGGCCUGGUGCCAGCAACUCAAGCUGAGCACCAAAGGCCAGAAACUGGACGUAUAUAAGAGAAUCUGCGAAUAUGCUUACCCUGAUCAACAGAAGAAUAUUCCUGUCACCGCAGAGGAGGCCAAGAUUCUCUCAGAGUCACAAAGAAGAUCAAAGAUGGAGCAGGGGGAAAUGUCUCUGGAAGGUUUCGGAAAAAGGGUAUCUUCAGAAGGGACCUACCCUCCUGAGGUGGCUGCUCCCCCGGAGGGUGGGGCACCCACCCCUAUGGGGUCUGGUGCUCUCCUGGAGGGAGUCGAUACCGUUGUUGUGACAACUUCGGCCCCAGAUGCUGUGUUUGCCUCCUGGUCCAGAAUUGCAGGCAGGGCUGGCAAGAUGGAGACCGUGGAAUCGCCACAGGAGGCCCACGGUGUCAGGUGGUGUGUGGUCCAUGGAAAAAGUCUUCCUGCAGACACAGAAGGUUGGGUUCACCUGCAAUUCCAUGCAGGACAAGCCUGGGUGCCUGAAAAACGGGGAAGAGUAUGUGCCCUGUUUUUGCUACCAGCCUGCAAUUUUCCACCCCCACACUUGGAGGACAAUAUGCUGUGCCCCAGAUGUGUUCGGAGGAAUAAGGUGUUAAUGAAAAGCCUCCAGUGAGCUCGCAGUACCAGGAAAAGGGGUACAGCGGUGAUUAUGAUUACUGGUAGAAAGGGAACUACAAGCAACUCCGCAGUGCCACUGAUGAGGGAACUGCAGGCUGCUCCACACCCUCCAUCUUCCUGCUUUCAGGGCCCACGGGCUGGUCCACUGCAGAUGUUACCCUCCGACCCCUAGACCCCUACCAGGGCCUGCACUGUCGUGGGUUGGGAUACAAGGGCUCUUAAUGCUUUACAUUGGAAAAGCAUUUCAAAAUUACUAUUUAUUCUACUAAAUAAGAUGAAAAAGUCAUUCUUCUACCAAACGUUGACCCUUCUGAAAUAGAAGCAACCUUAAGAGUUCUUUUGAGGUGGGAGACUGAGCCUCGCCUUGCCUCGCCUCCCCUAGCGGAAGGGGUGGGGUGGGAAGCGCACCUGUACAGCUUCUAAGCUGGAUUUCUCUUCUCGCGAGAGCCUAACUCCCCCCGCCCCCGCCUGCCCCAGGCUGCUCAGGUUCAUGGCUUCAAACUGUAGAGUGUUUCAAACCUAAGGGAAAGUUUUAUUCUUUCCCACUCCCCAAAACAUACUUUUAAUAUAACAAAACGUUUUUUGAUGUUUUCUUAAUAACCUGAGACCUCUGUGGUAUGUCUCAGGAAUAAAAACACAGAACACUUCGCUGAUACUAUUUCCCCUUGUAACUGUUAUGUAUGUUUCUAGUGGUUAAAAGUAAUUUAAGGAUAUUUCUGACUCAAAAAUUCAUAAUGUAUUGGAUUUCAUAUGUGUAUGUAAAACCUAUUGUAUAUAGGAGAUCAUAUGCAUUCUGGGCAAAUUAUUAAUAUUCUUAACUCAGGAGUAAGCCAAAAAUCAUGAUUUUUUUUAAACCAUUCA